UUUACCCUAACACAGUCUGACUACAUCUUUUACUUUAUCCGGAUCUGCAAAUUGCAGCUGCUGAUUGCUGUUGUCUCAAAGGUCAUUGUCUUUCCCUUUCUCGUUGCUCUGUGGAAUUGCAGAUCUGACUCGAGCCAGAGUAGCAUCCUAUCAUGGAGGGAGUUUUUUCAGUCUUUUAGCAUCAACUUUUUCACUUACGGCUUUCCAGUACGUUCCCAUAAAUUAUGUGCACUUCAUUGAUGACCCAGUAAUGAUAAAAUACUUGUUAGCCCAUUUAUCUACGAAUGCAACGACACUUUGCAAGUUUAUGUUCGUUUGGGCUCCUUGCAUAUGUUGGCUACAUAAUCUAUGCUUUCCCUUCCAUGUUUCACUGGCAUCGGUUAAAUGGCCUGCCUCUCGUAUUCAUCCUCUUCUGGGCAGCUGGCACAUAUGUCUUCAAUUUGGCAUUCUCUGUUCAGAAUAGAAGAUUGUGCAAGAACAUGGAAGUUUGGGAAACUAUCGGGCCUGUGCUAUUAUAGUAUCCCGGGCUUGUAUCUUCCAGCACAAUGCUGUCUGGGAAGUCUUGUUGCCAUGGAACGAGGAGAUGAAAGUCAUACUUGUUGCUACACAGUAGCAUGGCUAUGCCGGAAAAUUUAUCGUGCCACAGUCCUCUGUUUAAUAUAUCUCUUGGCAACCAAACCCGGGUUCCUCCAUGCAGCCUACACCACAGAAUCAGCAAGAGGGUAAUGCCGAUCCUUGAUUGUCUUGUGCCUGUCACAUUUCGCACUUCUGCAUCCUUAGUCUUCACCUAAUUUCCAAAUUUUUGGACUGUGAGGACUCAGUUGCUGCAGAAAUUUUCGACUGCUAGGUCUCAACGAUACCAAUUCUUCUGGGGAUUCCGUGAAGAUAGCAGUGCGGAGAUGCGUUUGCGCCAUUCACAAUCACGGGAUCGAUGUACUAUUUUCAUUUUCUGCAGUCGUGCAGCAAACUCCCUUCCCUCCAGUUGUGUUUACUAUAUAUUGCGGGCUGCUCUCAUAAAAUCAGUUAUUUUCUCUGUCUACACUUCACAGUCUGUGACAAGGCAGCAUAUCUUUUCUUCUCACGGUACUCUCAGGUAAAGCUGAAUAUUCCUUUUGGAAAUUGAUUAUUUUAGGAAUUAACUUAGUUUUUUUCUGUUUAAUUUGUCAGAGAGGAGGAUAAUGAUGUACUUUUGAGUUCAACUAGGGAGAAAAUUCUAUCUCCAUACCGAUCGUGUGGGACCAACAUUGCCUUUCUGACUACCUCCUUGGCCGGCGCCGGAGGCAGCCACCCCCCACCCCUGAUCUUCUCCUCCUCCUUCUU